AUGGACAAAGUCAACGCUGCCCAUGUCCAGCAUGCUGCCGAGUUAACGGCCUCGCAUCCCUCUCCAAAAGAGGCUUUGGCUUCCGAUGCCAUCCAGCAAGAGCAUGAGCUCACCUUAGCUAGUGUCUUCCAGAACCACAAAAAAAUCAUCUGGUGGUGCUUCUUCUGGGCUAUGGCCGCUGUUGGCUGGGGCUUUGAUGCACAGAUCAACGGAGCGAUGAUAUCGGUAGCAGAGUUUCGCAAAGACUUUGGAUACGUCAAAGAUGGCGAGGCCAUCCUGCCGGCCUCUUGGCAGACUGCCUUCAACGUCGGGAGUACAGUGACAAGUUUGUUUGGUGGUUUCUUGGCUAGCUGGGUCGCCGACUCUGCCGGCAGGAAGACCGCCUUGUUCCUCGGCCUCGCCGUCGCCACUGGAGGUAUCGCAGGUGAAGUAGCGAGCCACGACCGCGUGGCCUUUCUCUUCUCCAAACUCAUCCUCGGUGCCGGUCUCGGCUUCUACCUCACGCUCGCACCUCUCAUGGCUAGCGAGCUCGCCCCGGUCGCCCUCCGUGGCUUUGCCACAGCUGGUGUCAAUCUUGGUAUCGCCAUAGGUCAGCUUCUGUCGAACGCGGUUGUCAAGGGCUUUGGCGAGCGCGGCGACCGCUGGGCUUAUCGCGGCCCUUUUCUCACUCAGCUAUUCUUCGUUGCUUUCCUUUUAAUCUGCCUUCCCUUCUCUCCAGAAAGUCCCUGGUAUCUAGUGAGGAGGGGAAAGCAAGACCAGGCGCUUGACGCUAUUCGGAAGCUCUAUGGCCCGGACUACGAUGCUGAGAAGAGGCUCCUCAGCGUUCAGGCUACGGUCGAGGCAGAAUCGCUGGACAGGUUGCACGAGGUGGGGUUCGUGGACUGCUUCAAGGGCACGAAUAGGCUACGCAGCGGCAUAUCUACCGGUGUCUUCCUUUGCCAACAUCUGGUAGGAAUCAUCUUCGUCCUCGGCUACUCGACCUACUUCUUCCAACUUGCUGGCCUCGACGUGUCGAAGUCGUUUGAUCUUGGAGUGGGAGUUACGGCAUGCGGUGUUGCCGGUAACAUCUGCAGUUGGUUUGUCGUGGAGAGAUACGGCCGGCGCAUCAUCUUUGUGUCAGGCAUGGCUAUGCUAACGGCGCUUCUUCUGCUUAUUGGAAUCAUGGAUGUGGUUCCCACCAGUGGCGCUGGGUGGGUGCAGGCAGGCGCUACAGUAGUGUACGCUUUUGUAUACUUUUUGACCAUCGGCGCCAUGGCAUUCGCGAUCCUCGGUGAGGCCUCCAGCACCGUUCUGCGAGCCAAGACCAUGUCUCUGGCCACGGCUACACAGUCGUUGUGCGGUCUUGUUAUGAACUUCGCCAUCCCGUACAUGGUAAAUCCGGACGAGGGAAACUUGAGGGGCAAGGUUGGCUUCGUCUUUGGUGGACUGGCGCUGAUUGCGACUUUUGGCAGCUGGCUCUAUGUACCCGAGCUCAAAGGCAAGACGUUUGAUGAGAUUGAUCGGCUUUUCGAGGCUAGAGUUCCUCCCAGAAAGAUGGGAGACUAUCAGGAGCCCCUUGAGUAG